CUGUGAUUGGCCAGCCUUAGAACUACGGAUGUUAUUAAACCCGAUUAAGGGUGACGUGUAAACGUAGUCUCUGUUGUUGACAGCGGCUGUCAGAAUCCAAACUGUGAGCAUCUGUUUCUGACAGUUGUGUGUCACAUUUCUUAAUUAUUGCUGAAAAUAACGGUGUCUCAAGUUCCUAAUAAAUCAAAAAUGAUCUACAUAAUUACAAAAUAAAAGCUAUUAUAAUAAUCGUCAGAGACUGCACAUAAAUUAGCGAAUAAAUUUUUGAAACUCAAAAUAAGUUGAUUUAUGAGAUUCAUAAUCCUAGUAUCUCAAGCUCGAUGAAUUCAUAGAAUUGACUGCUCAUUGAUAAUUUACGUUUUAAAAUUGAUUUUUAACAUGUAGUCCUUUAUAAUGGUAGAAGAAUUAUAUCAAGGAAUUAGAUACAAAUUCAUUUUUACUUUCAACAUUCAGUCAUAGUUAGCAUAAAUUAUUGAUUCACGCUCUAUGAUCAAAAAAAAAUUACAAACAUUUAAUUGAAACGUUAAAUUUAAUGCAGAAAAAAGAUUUAUGACAAUGAGAACCAGAAGGACCAUUGCCAUUCUCGGGGUAGGCUUGAUCCUUGCUUGUUGCGUGAUGAUCUAUUUAAUGAUGGAUUUGACUCUCUUUCCACCUGGGCAAGAUUCUAAGCUUUCCAUAAAUAAUAAUCAAUGGCUCCAUUUUGAAAACAGACUCACAAAAUUAGAAAAGGAUUUUAACAAACAUCAUAAAGUUAUGAGUGCUUUGCAAGAACAAGCGGCAAAAAUCAAACAUAAUUUUAUUCCAAAUAUACAAACAGUUAAUCAUUCCAAUUAUUCCAUUACAGUUCCACAUAUGGGAAAAAGCCUCAUGUGUAAUUUUAAUAUUCAGAAAGUUCCAGAAGUUGAUAUACAAAUGUUAGAUUUGUAUAAGCAAUUAGAGUUUGAUAAUGCAGAUGGUGGAGUCUGGAAGCAAGGUUGGAAUAUUAUAUAUGAUGAAAAACAGUGGCAUCCUAAUAGAAAAUUAAAAGUGUUUGUUGUGCCUCAUUCGCAUAACGAUCCUGGGUGGUUAAAUACUUUUGAAAAGUACUAUAUAUUUCAAACAAGAAGCAUAUUGAAUAAUAUGGUGACUAAGCUAAGUGAAGAUAAAAGACGCAAGUUUAUCUGGGCUGAAAUAUCAUUUUUUAAACUUUGGUGGGACGAUCAAUCUAAAGUAAUAAGGGACGAAGUGCGUCGCUUAGUACACGAUGGACAAUUAGAAAUCGUAUCGGGAGGAUGGGUAAUGCCUGAUGAAUCUGUAUCACAUUGGAUUGCUCAACUCACACAACUAACUGAGGGUCAUCAGUGGCUAAAGUAUAAUUUAGAUUAUACACCAAACUCGGGAUGGGCUAUUGAUCCUUUUGGUCUCUCUCCCACUAUGCCAUAUCUCUUAAAGAAUUCAGGCUUAGAAAAUCUCUUAAUACAAAGAGUUCAUUACUCAGUCAAAAAGAGACUGGCCAGAGAUAAAAAUUUAGAAUUUCGCUGGAGACAAUUAUGGGACAACGAUGGCUCCACAGAAUUGUUCACUCAUGUUAUGCCAUUUUACAGUUAUGACGUUCCUCAUACAUGUGGACCAGAUCCGAAAAUAUGCUGUCAAUUUGAUUUCUACAGAAUGCAGAAUUUUGGUCUUAGCUGUCCAUGGAAAAUCCCACCAAAAACUAUCACUAAAUCAAAUAUAGCAGAGAGAGCGAUGCUUUUGUUAGAUCAGUAUCGUAAGAAGGCGCAGCUUUUCAAAACUCAAGUGGUUCUUGCACCUUUAGGUGACGACUUCAGAUAUACACAUCUCGCCGAGUGGGAAGCUCAAUAUGACAAUUAUCAAAAACUUUUUGAUUACAUGAAUGAAAACCAACACUUGAAUGUUCAAAUACAAUUUGGAACUUUGACCGAUUAUUUUGAGGCGGUCAGAGAGAAACGCAAUUUAAACGAGUUUCCUACUUUAUCCGGCGAUUUCUUUACGUAUUCGGACAGAGACGAUCAUUAUUGGAGCGGCUACUAUACCUCUAGGCCUUUUCACAAACGAUUAGAUCGUGUAUUACUGGGUUCUUUAAGAGGAUCCGAAGUAUUAGCUGCUAUAGCUUGGGCCAAAGGUAAUGAUCAGCUAGUAGAAGGAAGUCUCGCAUCUCGUUUGAACAAGGCCAGAAUGUGGCACUCUCUGUUUCAACAUCAUGACGGAGUUACCGGAACUGCCAGAGACAAUGUUGUAAUAGAUUAUGCCCAAAAGAUGAUAAUGGCAUUGAAUAAUUCGGCUCAUGUACUUCAACAAUCUAUAGCACAUUUAUUGAAAACUCCACAAGUAUCGUCCAUAGAUGUGGAAGCUGUAUACUUCUCAUUAGACGAAACUAGGUCGCAUCACACAAGUGCUGGUGAGAAGCAUGUCCUUAAUCUUGGUGACGAUAAUCCUUCGAGGAAGAUUAUCCUGUACAAUUCUCUUCCAAGGCAGAGAACAAGAGUGCAAACUUUGAUUGUCUCAACACCAUUUGUCAGAGUUACAGAUCGAAGAGGUCAAAUUGUCAAGUGUCAAGUAUCUCCCGUUUGGAUUGGUUCGGCUGCAUUGUCUGCGGCUAGAUACGAGCUAUCUUUUUUAGUUACUGUACCAGGAUUUGGUAUCACUACAUACAUAGUUCAUGCACUACACAAAGCAUCGUACACGAAAGGAGUGUAUCCGGCUAAUGUCACCAUCUUUAAUACUGACAUUAAUCUUCCAUCAGUGCCUGGUUUCGGUCAUUUGACGAUUUUACCGCAUAUGCAAGAAUUCUCGAUUACUCAACGAUCAGAAUUGUCCGCCUCUUUCGGAAAGUCUGGUCUGUUAAAAGCUCUUCGAGUCGGCAACGUCACGUUUCCUGUGCAUUUAGAUUUUGUAAAAUACGGUACUAGAGGCUCUGGCAAAGACAAAAGUGGUGCUUAUUUAUUCCUGCCCGACAAACCGGAACCAGAUCCAGUGUUUGUGGAUAGCAGGACGAUCGUUCAUUUAGUAACUGGACCAAUUUUGUCGAGAGUGUUCAUAGAAUUGCCGCACGUGCGACAUACCUGCACAUUGUUCAAUUCUCCUAGCAGUGAUGGACUUGGAUUGCACAUACUCAAUGAAGUCGACAUAACGGAAACGCAAAAUUACGAACUUGUAAUGCGUUUCAAUACGGAUAUCGCAUCCGGUGAUCAAUUCUUCACGGAUUUAAAUGGGCUCAAUAUGAUCCGGCGACAAAGAUUUCCAAAGCUUCCCACACAAGGCAAUUAUUAUCCAAUGGCAGCAAGUGCAUAUAUAGAAGAUAAAAGGGUUAGAUUAACAAUCACCACAGCACAGCCAUUAGGUGUAGCCUCUAUGGCAUCUGGUCAACUUGAGAUUAUGCAAGAUAGAAGAUUACUUCAGGAUGACAAUCGAGGAUUAGGGCAAGGCGUAAUGGACAAUCUAUUGACAAAUCACAUGUUUACAUUAAUUUUAGAGAAGAAAGAAACGAAUUGUCUCUCUACUGUACCGUCAACAAAUCAUCCUGCAGGAUUGUUGUCUUUAAGUGGCCAUUUAGCUUCGGAAGAAUUACUACAUCCAGUUAUAGCACUGCAUCCUCACAAUUCUCUGCCGUUCGAUUUGCACGCACAUUUCUCACCGCUUCGAUACGAUCUUCCAGUAGAUUUAAACAUCAUUAGUCUCCGAGUGUUCCCCAUUCCCGAAGGUGCCGGCAAAGGUAUCGGCAUGGUGUUGCACCAAUCAGCCUUAGAUAUUUGCUUCAACAAUUCUCGUCUGCGACACUUUAAUAUUUCGGAAUCAGGAGAGAUUGAUUUGACGAAAUUCCUCAAUGACAUGGAAGACUGGACCAUAAGUAAAGCGCCCCUUACGUUCCACAAUGUUGGACCGUCUCUGAAAUCGCCCAUUAUAAAUUUGUGUCCCCAUCAAAUAUUGCCAAUUUUAUUUCAUAAAACGCAGUCUUAAUCAAGAAAAAAAUAUAAAAGAAAAAUCCAGCAUGUUUUGUUUUCUUUUUAUCCAUGUAAAUUUUGUUUACUCAAGAUUAUAUAAUCCAAGUGUGCUGAGGUUGGACUCGAAUUGUCUAAUUUAUAUCUGAAACAAUAUUAAAUUCAUACAACUGUUAUCGUUUUGAUUAAAGAUUUGAACAUAGACUAUAUACAUAUAACAAAUAUAUUUAAAUAUACAGGUGUUCUAGAAUUAGACCGAUAAACUUCAUAGAUAUAAAAAUUAUAAAGGACACCAAAACAAGCCAAUUUUGUCAAUAAACCUGUGUUCGUAAAUGAGUCGUUUUGGCAUUAGAGUGGUUUUUGAACUGAAGUAUAUUUUUACAGCAGAAUUGUUCGAAAUGGCAGCCAUUUAUUUCCAUACAAAGAUUGCAUCGUCAGUUUAUGGAUUCAUGGAUCUUAGAAUAUGGAUCUUGGAAUAUUCCUAAAACAACUUGCACAUGUGCGCAAGCGAUCAUCACUCUUGCCAGAAGAUCUUCCUCUCCAAGUACAGAAGUCUCGUACACCAGGAAUUUCUCAUUUGCCGAUUAUUGACAAAAAUUGGCUUGUUUUGGUAUCCUUUAUAACCACCUAGUUUGUCAGUCUAAUUCUGGGACACCCUGUAUAUACAUUAUUUAUACUAGUCAAAUUGUAUAGCAAUAGGAAAUCUAUCCUCUUUAAAAUUAUACAUAUAUAAUGUGUAUUUAAAAUAGAAAGAUUUCAAUAGUUUUAUUUUAUCUCAUGCACAUACACAUGCGUGUGUGUAUGCAAUAAACUAAUAAUUGCAUAUGCAUGCAUACACAUAAAAUUGAAAAUAAUACAUUACACUUUCUCAUAAUUAAAUUUGCCACUGAUAGAUUAGAUUUAAUAUUUAUUAUCACUCAUGUUUUAAUAAUUUUCUUGUUUAGUUUAUAUUAUAAACUAUAAUUAUAUUAUACUAGAGUAAGUUAAAAAGUAUUUGAUUUAGCAUUUUUAAGUAAAGAUAAAACGUACAGAUAUAAAGAGAAGAAUUUCAAACCAAUACUAAUAAUAGGAGCAUUCAAGAAUUGAUAAAAUGUCAAAUCAAGUAUUUUUAAAGAGACAAUCUAUAUCCGGGAACAUCGCGUUUUGCUGCUAUAAAAUUAGCUAAUGUAACUAUUUCCUCUUAAUUUAUCAUUCUUUAUUAAAUCUCAAAUGUUGUCAGUGUACUUGAAUAUAUUCUGUAGAAUAAGAAAUAUAAUUUCGAUAUUUUAUGCAUAUGCAUUUAGUUUUUAAAAAAUGUUAUACUAAAAGAUAUUACUAUAAGAUUUAUGACUGAAUAUUGUGAAUGAAUGAUUGUAACAUAUUCUCACUACAUAUUUAGUGUUAAACAUGAUUCUUCAAGUUCUCGACUUGUUUGUUCUCUGAUAUAGAAAGGUUAUAUUAGAUACAAAAUAUAAAUAAAAUAUAAAUUUAAAUAAUUA